AUGGUUUGGUUUAACCAUUCAACGCUGACAUUUUACCCACGAUAUUUUUGAAGUUUAACUGAAGCAAACACCUUCCUUUCCUCGUCUUCAUGGCGUAUUUUCACUACUUUCAAACACAAAAUGAACCACUUGCACUUCGAUUUAAUGAAACCACGUUUCUGAAGUUGAUCAUUCCAGGCAACUCUUCAUGUUGUAAAAAACAAGCAAGUUUUGCACUGAAGGUGUUUGAUGAAUUGUCUCUGAGAGUUUGUUAUGCAAGACAAGUGUUUGUUUUGCAUUCAAGCUUUGCACUGAAGGUGUUUGAUGAUUUGUCUCUGAGAUUGUGUUAUGCAAGACAAGUUGUUGUUUGAGAAAUUUGUUGAUAAAGUUAGAUUUUUGUGUUGUGCAUGGCAAGCUUUUCACCGUCUUCUAAUGCUCCACCUGUUAGUGAUCCUGCAUUGUCCCCCGGGGGGUUGUUUUCUUCACCACCAGCUCCGUCUCAGUUACCGCCUUCAACAUUCCCACAAGACUUACCACCACCUCCUUUUGUUGAUCCUCCACCAGCUGCUGUCGUAGCUCCUUCAAGACCGCCCAUAUCCGCUGCACCUCCACCAACCGAUUCCCCAACUCCAUCAGUUGGUUCUCCACUACCUCCAUCACCAACCCCACCAGCCGAUUCUCCAACACCACCGUCACCUAUCCCACAAGCCAAUUCUCCAUCACCACCAUCACCAAUUGGUCCAAUCACACCAGCUGAUUCUCCACCACCACCAUCUCCAAUCCCACCAGCCACUACUCCACCACCACCAUCACCGAUCACACCAGCCGAUUCUCCACCACCACCAUCACGAAUCUCACAAGCCGAUUCUCCACCACCACCACCACCAUCACCAAUCCCGCCAGCCAAUACUCCACCACCAUCAUCACCAAAACGACCAACCAAUUCUCCACUGCCGCCAUCGCCUCCAUCAUCACCUAGCCCUGCAGCUAGUUCCCCACCAUCACCACCACCACCAGCUACAUCACCCCCUAAAUUCCCACACACACCACCAUUUAAUCCACAGCCAGGUUCACCUCCAUCACCACCACCACCACCUACACCACCACCACCACCUACAUCUUCCCCUAAAUUCCCACACACACCACCAUUUAAUCCACAGUCGGGUUCACCUCCAUCACCAUCUUUUAGUCCACCACCAAUCCAACCUCCACCAUCAUCAGUUCCGCCUCCACUUCGACCAAUCUUAAGCCCUCCACCACAUACACCAUCUCAGAGACCUCCUACGAAUUCAUCAUCACCGCCAAUAAUCACAAACGCUCCUCCUCCACCCCUCUCCACAAAUCCAUCAUUGCCACCAGUAACAAUAGCUUCCCCUCCUCCCUUUAGACAACCGGCUCCGUCACCUUCAAAAGUCUCAAUAACACCAUCCAGCAAUGGAGGCAUUGGUACUGGAGGUAUCGUAGGAAUCACGGCUGUACUAGGCAUUAUACUCCUUACCAUUAUCAUAACAGUUUCAUGGUGUCUAUUCAAACGAAAGAAAAAGAUUGCUCGACACAAUGGGCUCUAUGGUUUGUCAACCUCGAUGGGCAAUUUAUCUCAGUCAACUCUACUAAAGAUACAAACAUCAGCAGUUGAGAUCGGAAACCUGUCUGCAAAUGGCUUCGUGUACAGUCCACAUGAAUCAACAUCAAAGUUUACAUAUGAAGAUCUUUUUGAGGCGACAAAUGGGUUUUCACCGCGUAAUCUUUUAGGUUCGGGUGGAUUUGGUUACGUUUACAAGGGAAUGUUAGCCGACGGGACGGAAGUCGCAGUAAAGGAGUUAAAGAUCGGAGGUGGACAAGGGGAACGCGAGUUCACCGCUGAGGUGGAAAUCAUUAGUCGAAUACACCAUCGUUAUUUGGUUUCACUUGUAGGUUACUGCGUCUCGGAGCACAAGAGGCUGCUUGUUUAUGAAUAUGUUCCUAACAACACACUUUACCACCACCUUCAUGUGUCGGAGCUGGUUUUAGAUUGGCCAACUCGCAUGAGGGUUGCUUCUGGUGCCGCACGCGGUAUUGCGUAUCUCCAUGAAGAUUGCAAUCCACGUGUUAUUCAUCGAGAUAUCAAAUCAUCAAAUAUCCUAUUAGAUAAGAACUUUGAAGCUCGGGUUUCUGAUUUUGGGCUUGCUAAGUUAGCUGCUGAUGUCACACAUGUGACAACACGCGUCAUGGGAACUUUUGGAUACAUGGCACCUGAGUAUGCUAGAAGUGGCAAUUUGUCUGAGAAAUCUGACGUCUUUUCCUUUGGAGUGGUUCUUUUGGAACUGAUCACGGGACGUAAACCUGUGGAUGCAUCUCAACGGUCGGGGGAUGAGGGGCUUGUUGAAUGGGCUCGGCCACUGCUUAGUCAUGCACUUGAAACCGAGGACUUUAAACUAUUGGUUGACCCAAGGCUCGGCAUAAACUUUGUACCAAACGAGAUAUUUCGCAUGAUUGAAGCUGCAGCUGCCUGCAUCCGACACUCAGCUACAAAAAGACCCCGCAUGGGACAGAUUGUUAGAGCUUUCGAGAAUCUGGAGACCGAAGAUCUAAACAAUGGGAUGAGAGUUGGAGAAAGUGAAAUAUACAACUCUGCCCAACAAUCUGCAGAGAUUAAACUGUUUCAAAGGAUGGCAUUUGGUAGUCAUAAUUAUAGCACAGAUUAUUUUACUCAAGGUAGCUGGGCCACUAAUAGUACCGACUGGUAGAUAUCAAGAUCCGUAUUCUUUUCACCGCCCUGGGUUUGACCCAUGACCCGAGCUGCUGAAGUUCGAAGAUGGUGUAUAGUAUGCAUAUUUUCUGUAACAUUUGUAGGGUUUCUUUACCCAACCCCAUUUUUUAUACAAUUAUUGUACAAGUGUAGUGCUCAUGAUGUCUUUUUGACUGUAUUGUGGAACAUGAAACUUGACUCAUUCUACAAUAAAAGAAUCUAAUUUGUUGAUGAAAAAAA